AUGGCUAGCGGCGCUCCAGGUGGAAACUUCAGAGGUUGGACGCCAACUCCGCCCGAAAGAGGCGCUUUCCCUUUGGACCACUACGGUGAUUGCAAAAACCAAAUGAUGGAGUACCUCAAGUGUAUGAAGUUUACGGAGAACAAGAAUGCUCCAAACUGCAGAAUUCUUGCUAAAAACUACCUUCAGUGUCGAAUGGACAACCAGCUCAUGGAAAAGUCCGACUGGGACUCUCUUGGGUUGGUGAAUCUCCCAGGAGACAGCGCUGAAACCAAAACUGAUACUUCAGGACCUGCUGAUCAACACAGCAAAGGUCAAGAAAGCUCACAACUGCAAAACUCUAAGACUUCAGCUUAG